GUCCCACGCAUGACAACAUGCUCCCCACCACAUCCCUGCAGGGACCAUCCCCCAGACCCUACCCCUGGACUGCCCCACAGGGAAUGAGUGCUGAGGUGCUGGAGCAGGGACAGGGGGAGGGCUCCUUCACAGAUAGGGUGCUGUGGGAGGAAUAUUGGCAGCCCUGGCCAGCUGUGUGCCACCCUGGCCUUGGGGAGCAGGGCUAGGUAGCCCUGCGGAGUCUGGGGAGGCGGUCACCAGCUCCUGAGGUGGGGACGGAGGGCUGCUCUUGGUGGCUUUGCUGGCCCCUGGGCCCCCCCUUGCUGCACGUGUCAGGCAGGACCUUCACGAUUAAAGCCCUCAGCCCUCAUGCUGCAGCUGCUGUGACAGCCCAGACCAUGCAGGCUGGCAGGAGGCCAUGCACCCCGAGUUCUGCCCCCACGCUCAAGGGCAGAAGGGGGACCCCCAGGGCCAGGGUGAGGAGGAGCCAGUAGGGCCUGGGGACGGUGCCAACACCUAGUCAGCAGGGUCUGAUUUUGAGCCUCAGCCUCCACUUCAGCCCCAGAGCUCCUGAUAGGAACAUGCCUGCCCCAUCCAGGCAGGGGGGUGGCAGAAGUGGCCCCUGAACAGGAGCCAGAGUGACCAUGAUGCUGGUGUCACCUGCCCCCGAACCCCUGCUGCCAGCAGAGAGCGAGCAGGGGGGACAGCUAUGCGGACGCUCCCCCAGGUGGCUCCCGAGGUGGCCAGCGGCCUGUGGGUUCACGGGGGCCUCCACCUCCCCAGAACGCUGUGCCCGAGGCCUCGCCGUCCUGGCGGGGCUCCGCUCUUUUCAGGCCCUGUACCAGCCACUGAGUUCAGGAAGGAGCAGAAAAUCAGAAGAGGGUGGGCUCAGGACACAGGGGCAGACACACCUUCCCGGCUGAGCCCCUGCAUGCGGGGAAGGGAGCCAGGCUGUGAGGUGCCCCAGGGUACCCCAUAGAGUGCACGGGUGCGUCCCCAGCUGACACCCUAAGGGCAGCACCCGCCCUGCCCGUCUUAGGGUCCUUCAGAGUCCUUCCUCCUCCACAGGCUACCCAGACCCCCCAGGUGUUUAAAGGCAGAUAUCCUGCAGUGGAGCCUACAGAGGCCCCACGGAGGCCUCUGCCAAGUGCUUAUCAGACAGAGAGGGCUGCUGGGUGUGCAUGUGGGGAGAGCCCACCGCCAAAGAUAAGCCCACAAUCCACGCGGCCAGCUGCUCGCGCUGCCCUCUGCCUGAUAGAGUGGGGCUGUGGGGUGACACAGCCUAGACCCUGUAGUGGCGGCAGGAGGGAUGGGCAUCUGCCAUGGAAGGGCGGCAGUGCUAUGACCUCCUGGUGAUUGGCGGGGGAUCCGGCGGCCUAGCCUGUGCCAAGGAAGCCGCUCAGCUGGGGAAAAAGGUGGCCGUGGUGGACUACGUGGAGCCUUCCCCCCGAGGCACCCGGUGGGGCCUUGGUGGCACCUGCGUGAACGUCGGCUGCAUCCCCAAGAAGCUGAUGCACCAGGCGGCGCUGCUAGGGGGCAUGAUCCGCGACGCCUCCCACUACGGCUGGAAGGUGGCCCAGCCCCCGCACGACUGGGGGAAAAUGGCAGAAGCCGUUCAAAACCACGUGAAGUCCCUGAACUGGGGGCACCGGGUCCAGCUGCAGGACAGAAAAGUGAAGUACUUUAACUUCAAGGCCAGCUUUGUCAACCCACACACGGUUUGUGGUGUCUCAAAAGGUGGGGAAGAGACUCUGCUUUCGGCCGACCACAUUGUCAUCGCCACCGGAGGGCGACCGAGGUACCCCACGCACAUCGAAGGUGCCUUGGAAUACGGGAUUACGAGUGAUGACAUCUUCUGGCUGAAGGAGUCCCCUGGAAAAACGUUGGUGGUUGGGGCCAGCUACGUGGCCCUGGAGUGUGCUGGCUUCCUCACUGGGCUCGGCCUGGAUACCACUGUCAUGAUACGCAGUGUCCCUCUCCGGGCCUUCGACCAGCAAAUGGCUUCCUUGGUCACAGAGCACAUGGCUGUUCACGGCACCCGAAUCCUGAGGGGCUGCACCCCCUUGAGGGUGGAGAGGCUCUCAGACGGGCGACUCCAGGUCACCUGGGUGGACCUCGCCUCCGACAAGAAGGACACAGGCACCUUUGACACCGUCCUGUGGGCCGUAGGCCGAGUUCCAGAAACCAGAGGUCUGAAUUUGGAGAAGGCUGGUGUGCGUACCAACCCCAACACUCAGAAGAUCCUGGUUGAUGCCCAGGAAGCCACCUCCGUUCCCCACAUCUAUGCCAUCGGAGACGUGGCGGAGGGACGGCCAGAGCUGACGCCCACGGCUAUCAUGGCCGGGAGGCUCUUAGCCCAGCGGCUCUGCAGUCGGUCCUCAGACCUGAUGGACUAUGACAACGUCCCCACGACGGUCUUCACACCGCUGGAGUAUGGCUGUGUGGGGCUGUCAGAGGAGGAGGCCGUGGCUCGCCAUGGAGAGGAGCGUGUGGAGGUUUAUCACGCGUAUUAUAAACCACUGGAGUUCGUGGUGCCUGAACGGGAUGCGUCCCAGUGUUACAUAAAGAUGGUGUGUCUGCGGGAGCCCCCACAGCUGGUGCUGGGCCUGCACUUCCUUGGCCCCAGUGCUGGCGAAGUUACUCAAGGAUUUGCCCUGGGGAUCAAGUGUGGGGCCUCCUACCAGCAGGUGAUGCGGACGGUGGGCAUCCACCCAACCUGUGCCGAGGAGGUGGCCAAGCUGCGCAUCUCCAAGCGCUCGGGCCUGGACCCCACCGUGACCGGCUGCUGAGGCUAAGCGGCCAUCCCUAGACCCAGGGUGCUCAGCAUGACUUCUGCCCCCACGGCCAGGCUCAGCAGAGGCUCAGAGCCAGGUACGCAUGCCAGGCAGGAUGCUGGAGGCCGAGCCCGGGUGAGCCUCGCCCCUGCCCAGUGCAUCUGGACCAACGCCGAGCACCCUGCAGGGAUGGCCCAGGCCUGCAUCUCGCACCCCCACCCAUGCCAGAUGAUGACGACUUGCUCAGAAACCCCCCGCGGGCUGCCCACGUCUGAGUUCACUGGCGUUUCCAGGGCACAAAUAAAGAGGGUGUUUUCCGGAA